CAUGUAUAAAGCCAGGGCUGCGCUGUCUUCGGCCAGAACUGACAGCUAGCGAACCGAAAGGAGGUAUUCCAUAUUUUUUAUUAUAAUAUAAUCAAUUAGUGGACAUUUAAAAGCCCACUGCUGCUGCUGGAUUCAUGCAGAUGUGCUCGGGUUUGCUGUGCCAGCGUGCGCGUGCUGCUCGCUCUUCUCGUCCAAUCAGACUGAACGCUGAUCCUGUGCUCUCCGCUCGCGGGCGGGUAGAGAACACGGCACGCGCCCGACGUGCAGAGAGAAAAGAAGAAGAUCGGGUCACGCGCAGGGAUUCAGGACCGAGCUAUACUGUGAAUGUGUCGUUUAAUAAAACCACAGGCUAGUGAGAUGCUUUGAUAUUCGUUCGCAUUGCUUCAUGCAGCCUUUGUGAUAGCGAUGUUUAAAUGCUUCACUGGACAUCAACAAUUAGCCUCGUCGAAAGAUGUCGUCUCGGCUUCAUCCUGCAUUGUGUGCACGGAGCGGAUUUCACUUCGGACCUUAUAAAAACCUCCACCUUAAUUUCGGGGAUAGGUUACGCUCAUUGUAAAGCUUUGUCUUCCUCGUCUGGGUGUCAGUGCAGCCUGCGCUCAUGGAGCGCCCGCGGACGCAGGUGGUGAUGGACAGGAGCGCACUGGCGAGGCAGGUGGAGAGCGUGGAGAGAAGCAUCGUAUUCCUGCGCCAGGAACAGCUGACGCUACUGCACGGCUUACACCUGGAGAUUCUGUCUCUGCAGAAACGCUGCACAGAACUGACCCAUGAGCUGAAUUUAAAGCCUCCUGGCAAAAGUGAAGAAGCGGUGCAUGAGGAAGAAAAGCUGCUAGAGGCACGCAGUCAAGCCGCAGAGAGCAGACUAAAAGAGCAGAAGCACUGUCAGGAUGAAAUACGUGAGGAACUGAGCCACAAGGGGGUGCUGGUGGGAGCCCUUAGGGCAAGCCUGAAGGAGAAGGAGCGCCGUUUCCUGGACGAGCUCAAACAGCGCAGCCACAGGAGCACUGCACUGAACUCCGAGCUACAGAAGCAGACCAAGACUGCCGCCUACCUGUCUUUCCAGUUGCACGCUGCCAGGCAAAAGCUGCAGCAAAAACAACAGCAGCAAUAUCGCAGGAGACUAGAAGUGGUUGGUACAGAUAAUCCCUCCUCUCUUAGCCUGUCUCAGCAUGAUGACUUUACCGCACCUGUGGUCAAACCGAAACGGCGCAGUGGAGUCAGGAUAUGCUCACACCUCCGUGCCGAGCGUGCCAGGGAGUGUGUUCCUCGUGAAAGGGUGACGGGUCCCGAGGAGCCCAUGGCCAUGCCUGACCCUGCACUCUUCCUCCAUCCGCGCAAACCUGCAGCCACUCGAGCAUUUCAGCAUCAGACACAAACUGCAGUGCAGGGGGCAGAGGGUGGAGAGGAGCCAGAUGAAACAGAGCAGGGAGACUCAGCCAACAGGCUGGUUGCCACGGUCCCAGUAAAAACAGCAGCUACUGCUGGGAGCAAAGCAAAGUGACAGUCCUGAACUGCAAACAUGGCCUGCUUAUUUCAAUGCUGUUUACCUCUAAUCACUAACUGCGUUGGCACUGAUGGACAUGCUUUUUAUCCCUAUAUUUAAUUUAUAAUUUUUUCUUGGGUGUUGUUUCAAAGAAAGACAAUGAUGGCCCGCGAUUUGGCCAUAGUUCACUGCACCGCUGAGUUUUUUUGCCUUGCAGUAGGAAGGACAGCCAUAGGGCAGCUCGUAGUCGUCUACAUGUUGGGGUUCCUGUGUGUCUGGCUAUUUGUUACUAAUGCGCCCUUGCUCUCGAGCCCAGGUUUGCACAGGUUUUGUUUAUAUACACUAUAAUCUACAUCAUAUUUCCAUACUUUUUCAAGCCUGCACAUUCUAACUUUUAUGCUUAUGUUUUGCCCUUUUUGCCAAUAUAAAAGAUCAAUCUGUUUUAUAAGUACGGAUGUGUACAAUAGUCGAGAUUUGGGAGCUGUUGACUAUAGAUCAAGGCUCAGGGGUUACUUAGUGUAGAGAUUUUAAGAGACUGUGGUCUAGGUACUUAAGCUUUAGGAGAUUCAAGUAAGGGAUUGUAUUUUACUAGCGUUAGAAAUCAGCAGUUUGCUUCAAAUCUGUUAAGCACCUGUUGUUUUUUAGAGUGUUUCACAUUUGGUCAAAGGUGGUCUCCAAUUGAUUUAUCUCAACAGUUUUUUGCAUCUGUAUAGUAAAAAAGCUUACUAACUCAUUUAAAAUGACCCACAAACAAACUACUCAGACUAAACUUUUUUUGUGGCCAGUUCAUUUAUGCAUUUAUACAUUUCCUAUCUGUAUCUCUUAAUGUAGAUAACACACAAAUUAGAAAAGGCAAAUAAAAAAAUGGAAAAUGUUUGCUAGUGGAUUAUCAGGUCUUAGGUGGAACGUGCAACACUACUCAAUAUGUGGAAGGAGCAUAGUCACCCUCGACUUCCAGAAGAAUAUAAAGUUAUGGUCAAUCUGUCAUACCAAGUGUCAUACCAGGUGUUAGGUCACACAGGUUGCUAUUUGGAGCUAUGGCCAAUAAUGUGCAGUAAGUGGAAUGUAUCAAAUCUUCAAUUUUUGAUCUUUCAAUUUCUAAAUUUUUCGUAUCUUUCAACCUCAUAAUAUGGUUAAGAAAGUUUAUCUAAACAUUAUAUUAAAGAACUUUAAUGAACACUAUCCACACUAGUUACUCGAGUUGUAGGGUUAGCAGGGAAAUCCUGGUGUCGAAAGGAGCCUGAUGGUUCCCUUUUUCUUAUUAUUUCACAUAAUCCUGGUUUAAAUAUUCUAAAAGCAGGAUUUCGACUGAGUUGUCCGAGGUGCUCCUUGUAAACAAAACUUGAAUUGAUACAGUUAGAUACUAGGUAUAAAAAUGGAGCUUAUUGGAAUGGGAAUCUGAAAAUAUACAUAACUCGAAUCAUUCAUAUGCAACUUGAAAUGAUGGGUCCCAUAUAAGGCAAAUAUUUGAUUUAAUGAGGGUGAGCAGGGAGUUGAAAUCAAGGAUAGGUGUCUCUUUAAGCAAUGAAACUAACAACAAAAGUGGCAAGUAGAAUUUAUAUAGCAGGUUUAUAUAGCUGUGAGAUCUUACUAAUAGUAAAAUGAGUUAAAAGAGAAUACAGGCUUUUUAAAACUAUUCCACUUACACUUUUAACACAAAAAGCAGCAAGAGUUAUUCAGUAGAGUUAUUCAGCAGUUAGAGUAUUUCCAGCUAAGUCUGUUAAAAGUAAAGAGUAGUUAGUGCAGAUAAUGAGAACAUCAUUUGUAAAUGUAAAGUUAUGACUUUGGGAUUUUUUUUCAGGCAGCCCAAAAUGGCUCUAGGGGUGUGUGUCUUAUGAUGAAGUGCGUUUGGAGAUCAAAAGGGAUUUAGUGAACGUUCUGUGCAAGCAUAGCAAUAUUUAAGAAUGGCUUAAUGGUACGGUUGAAACUUAGAUGAUGACGAUGUUUGAAAGUCAGCUUUCCUGAGAUAGAUUAAGCUCAGUCCAAUAGAGAAUCCACAGUGCAAAGGCUGAGGUGUCUGUGGUAAUCUGUUUCCACAGAGUGAACUUUUAGAAUCAGUGUUCUCAUCAUCAUGCACUUGAAUUUCACAAAAGAGCUAGUGUCUGUUAUUUCACUAGGGGGUGAGAAUUGUGCAGUAAACUCAGGGCCAUAAAGUCAGCUACAGAUAAAAUGUGCUAAUGAUGUAAUUCUUCAUUAGUUAGCUAAAAAAAUGUAACAGUAUGAUUGUGUUUUUUAAAAGGUAGUGCAGCAGUAGAGAUGAAUACUUGUGCAAUCACCACUUGCAAAAUAUACAGACUUCCCCUUCUCAUGUCAGUAAAGUACACUUAUGAGGAUAAUUGCUCAUUUAGGACAUUUAGGUUUAGCAAUGUGCUGUGUAUCGAAUCAUGAAAAAGUUCUAGACAACCUGAUUUUUAAUUUUAUAUUAUUUUUUUUUACCUUUACUUUGUUUAUGCUUGCUCUUUUUUUCCAUAAUGAAAGUAAUAUAUUACAUUUUAGAUUUAAACAUCAUAUAGUCUGUUUAGGGUUUUUACCCAGUGUAGAAAGUGAGAGCUUAGGUCUCCAGAAGGAUCACAACAAGUUCUCCAAUUAACUUGAAAACUCAUGCAGCCAAGGUUACUAUAAAACUUCUCAACAGUCUACAUGACUUGAUGCAAAUUUAAAGUUAAUCUAUAUUUACACCAAAUGUUGCUUUGAAUUGGUUGCUGGUUACUGUUAUUUUUGAAAGCAUGUUCACUUUACAUGUGUCAUUUUAUCACAUGUCCCUAAAAUACUAUUCAGAUGGUUUACGAUUUUUUAAAUGAUCCUGAAAUUAUAUCCACCUCAUAUUAAUGCAAACUGCGUGCUUCGGGUUUGUGGCUACACCUGAUCGUUAGUAAGUCACAUGACCAUAAAGUGUUUGUGAGCGGUAUCUGUGCUAGGAACAUAACUUGUAAAAAUCCCUGGUAGUGUUGCUUCUCUGAGAAGUCCUUUUAAAUGUCAUGUGUGCAUUUCUUGUUUUGUUCUUUAAACUCGGCCAGUUCUAAUUUUAAUUUGAUUUUUGUGAGACAUACCCAAACAAUAAGUAGAAAACCUCUUUUCCAAAAUUAUGUAGGAGAUUUUUUACCAACAUGUCAAUUUGGACAGUGUUUAUUUAGAUUAAGAUUUUUAUUUAACAUAAUCUUUCCAGAAAAUUACUGAUAUGCUGGCUUCAGGUGUGGCUAAAAUCCCAGAAAAUCUGUUAAUCGUGUAAACCAACUCAUCUGAAUUGGGCUUACUGCUUUUGCACACUACUGUGUAGCCAUUAUCUAACCAUUAUGCUGAUUAAUAGGAUUAUAGUUUUAUAUAAUUAUAAUUAUAAUGAGGUUUACUUGACUUGACCUUUUGUUUUAUACAUGUAUUGCUUUAUCUCUCUUAUUACUGUGAUUAAACUUCCAGGGCUUGUAGUGACAUGCCAUUCAGUACAUACGUACGUACAGUACAUACCGUAUAUAAUCAGCUGUUUAUCAUGCACCACUUUACUCAUUUAAACACUUUUCUAAAUGCUUUACUUUUUACUUAAUUGAGGUUAAAAUUUGAGACUGAGAAACUGUCUUCCUUACUCAGAGUCAUAAAACUAUUUGACUGUUACACAUUAUGUAGAAGUUUCGUUAUUAUGCAGUGGCCGCUUAGUGCUGAAUUUACUACCGAAAUUUGUUUGCUUCAAACCAGUUAUGUGUUUAGUUUCUAUAUGAAAUGAGACUUUGUGCUCCAAAAGUUUGCAAUAAUACACUGUAUUCUCUGCCACAAUAUUAAAAUUGUUGU